UAAAAGCGUCUGGACGUCUCGCUUUCACAGACCUGAGAGAGUAAGUUCAGAGCAGUGGCCAGUAUUUCACUAGCUUUACGCAUAUAGCUCCUCAAAUGAACAAAUGUGAAACACUUUGCAGGGAAAGCGCAAUUCAUUUGGCAUUCGUUUGUAUUAUGUGUUGAUAUUUAACGACUACCAUGGAGGUUAAUUCUACGCUACCAGGGCGCAACUUCAUAGACUUGCGCAUCUUAACGCAGAAACUUCUCUCUUCGGCGAACCGGUCUCAGCCAUUUCUGGACAAUGAAACAGAGCACGUCUCCGAAGAGGAUUUGGACGUGAAUACAGACAUUUAUUCUAAAGUUUUCGUCACUGUGAUUUAUGUGCUAUUGUUUGUAAUCGGGUGUUUGGGGAACUCGAUCACCCUGUACACACUCCUUACGAAAAAAUCUCUCCAAAACCUCCAGAGCACGGUGCACUACCACCUGGCGAGUCUGGCCAUAUCCGACCUGCUCAUCUUGAUCCUCUGCAUGCCCAUCGAGUUAUACAACUUCAUCUGGGUUCAUCACCCGUGGGUUUUUGGGGAGGCUGUUUGUAAAGGGUACUACUUUCUGCGGGACGGCUGCUCAUAUGCGACGGCGUUCAAUAUCGCCAGCCUGAGCGUGGAGCGCUUCAUGGCCAUCUGUCACCCGUUCAAGGCGAAGAGCAUCAUGUCGCGGAGCCGCACCAAGAAACUCAUCAGCGCCAUGUGGAUCGCGUCUUUCCUCCUGGCUACCCCGAUGCUUUUCACCAUGGGACAGCGAAUGAUGAAUGAUGAAUUUAUAUGCACCACAGUUGUGUCCUCAAUAACGGCUAAAACCGUUCUACAGGUGAAUGCCUUCCUGUCCUUUGUGGUUCCCAUGGCACUGAUCUCCGCAUUAAAUGGAGUCAUAGCCAGUCAGCUGAUGCGCAUGUUUCGGGAGUCUGCCCAGGACAAUCGCAUCUCUAUCAGCGGAGGCAACGCUACCAUGCUUAGCGUUGCUGUUGAACCCAAUCGUGCCCAAUCAAUGCGCCACGGAGUCAUGGUGCUGCGUGCGGUGGUCAUUGCUUUUGUGGUGUGCUGGUUGCCAUACCAUGCUCGAAGACUAAUGUACUGCUAUACCACUGAAUGGACACCUGCUCUCUUCGAUUUCUACCACUACUUCUACAUGGUCACCAAUGUGCUCUUCUACGUCAGCUCGGCCAUCAACCCCAUUCUCUACAACCUCGUCUCGGCAAACUACCGCCAAAUUUUUUUUUCCACGCUUCACUACCUAAUCCUGCCCUGCCGCCAUAAUAAGCAGAAGCGCAUUCUCACCAGACACUCUAUCAGCAUCUGCAGCAACCAGACCUUCUCCACCAAUGUCAUCAAAGAAACCAUUUACUAAACACUGUCGAGAUUCUAUUCUCUCAGCCAAGGAGAGACCACUGAAGCGAAGCAUGUUUUCAUAUUGAGUUAUUAUUACAAUAAUUUGCUAUAUUCGUGCUACUGAAUCGCCAUACGGAGCUUUUGUGCAUUGCAGAACUGGCACCGGAGACACUUAUCGUGUUUAUAAGAGGGUAUGUAGCAAAAAAUACACACCAAAAACAAUGAACAAUGAGCUGAAACAGUGUAAAUACAAACAUAUUAUAUCAAAUGUAUAUCCGGAUGUACAUUGUUUCUCAAUCUAAAUAUUAAAUAUAACAAUGUCGUAUAUGACGGGAACAGACUGCAGACAGUUGCUGUUGUGUACACAAUCUUUAUAUCCAGCUGAUGUAAUUUACCAACGCUGGAAUAACUGUGAACACAAGGACAUAUCCCAUUUUGAAUUUUAUUUCAUUCACUGGCGCAAAACAGGGACAUUCAAAGUGGUGACUGCUACAUUGUUAAAGAAGUGACUCUUGAUUGUGCCACACUAAGACAGUGUCACCAUUCCGUAGCCUUGGCAACAGUCCACAUACAAAGAAGGCUGUGCUCUUGUGUGAAAACUGAAGAAUGCCUUACAGGAUCACAGGCUUGAUUGAUUCUCUCAUUCUAAAGUAGCUUCAUUUAAACACUGCCUUGAUUUGCAAUUUGCAGAGAGAGAGAGAGAGAGAGAGAGAGAGAGAGAGAGAGAGAGAGAGAGAGAGAGAGAGAGAGAGGAGAGUCUUCAAUGAUAGAAUAUGCAACAUAGGCUCAUUGGAAAAAUGUGCUAUACAACUCCAAACCCUAUACAAUUUACUGAAGUUUCCAGCUGAAAUGAACACUUGUGGCAGUAAAACACCAACAAAUUGCAUUCCCUUUUACACAGAUUAAUGUUAGAUUGUCAAUAAAUAAAGACUAGUUCCUUGCACAAUACUGUUAUAAUCUCAAAAAAUCUUAUAAAUAAUUUGUAAACCAACACAUUUUUACUUUUGCAUCUGAUGUAUAGCUUUUUUGUCAUGGUAAAAUUCUCACCUGGUACAGCAACCUGGUACAAUAAGUUUCUGUAAUUUAAGUGGAAUGCAAUGUGUAAUGUGGAUCACUUGGAUUGAGUCUUGUGACACACAAGUUAUGAUGAAAGAGCUUAAUGACUUGUAAAAGCAAACUUAAAUGGCACAUGUGCUUCAGCAUAUGCUUAUACUGGACAAAUUGUACAAAACCAAGCCCCACCCUACAUUUUUCUUGUUUUAUUUUACAUGGUUAUAUGUCACAAUAGGGGAAAAAAAGACUAUAGCAACUUUUAUGCCAACUUUAAAUGCCACUGAAUAGCUAUUGAAUUCUCUCGCUAACAUUUCUGUAAAAUUUCAUUUUUACAGUAUUUUCAUUUUUUCAUCUCUAUCUGAGAAAAUAGAACAUGGUUUUAGUGCCACUCACUUAACAUUUCCUAUUGAAAGUUCCACAAAAAGUGCAAGAAGAAACUUAAUAUAAUUUUGCAGAAAUGUGAGAGGUGAAAAUAUGCGUGGAGGAAGGAAAGAGAAACUUUGGCCAGGGACUUGUGGACAGUGUUGUGCUGUGCUUUACAACACCCAUCAGUUACAGGGAACCAUUUAGAGAGAGAGAGAUGAGCGGGCUGGAAUAUAGAGGGUCUGUGACGAUGUGGAUAAUAGAAUGUGAUAAAACUAAAGGAAAGCUAGAGAAAAUGGGGAAAUACAGGAAAAUGGGAUCGCCUGCACUGCUUUUUUUCUUAUGCCUUAAAAGCGAGGAUGAGGAAGCUAUAGUUCAUGGUGCAGUGUAGGCAGCUGAUUUUCCAUAAUGUGAUGUUUAAUAUUUAAAAAAAGAAAAUUGUAAUAAAAAUGAAGGUGGAAAUGAGGAAGGUGUUGGCCUAUUUGCAGUCUAGUAAUUUUUUUCACAAAUAAAAGUAUCCAAUAAUAGAACUUUUUCCAAGAUGAAAUUGAUAUUGAUCUUUAGCUGGUCAUGUGAUCUCAACACAGUUGCCCCCAUGAGUAAAUAGACUCCAUGUAAAAUAAAGCUUUUGUUAAGCUCCUGAGAUGACUGGAUUCUUGAUGUGAAUAUAUAUGGACCACAUAUGGAAUAUAAAUAUAUAUACUGUAUAUGGACCACAUUUUUGUACCGUCUUGAUAUCCAUCUACAUCAAUCACCCUGAGUGAAUUCUAGAGAACGGGAUGAUUAUUCACAGCAGGGAGGACGUUGAGCACUUGAGCGGAGUUGUAGACCGGUGUGUUGAAGAAUUCUGAAUGGAAGAAAAUGUGCAUAACAUGAGGGUAUGAUGGCCAGGGCUGUAAGGGCAGAGUGAGCAACAUAUAAAAA